UUCGUGAAGUGACAAAGACUGUACUCUUCUGUUUUCUCUUUUAGCUUCUCCCUAUCACCAUUCACCAUUCACCAUUCACCAUUCAUUGUUCACCUUCCUUUCUUACCCAUCUUCCACUCGCACAGCAAUGGAACCAAACCAGACACAUCAUUAUUAACACACAACAACACAACAACUUCACUCUCUAGUGUGAGAUAUUUGUCUGAAUUGCCACAGUCCUUGUGGGUCAGGGAGCAUUCAAGCAGUGAGUGAGGAUCAAAUUAUUAACCCAUUUCUCUUUACUUGAUAGAGGGUAGUUAAGCCAUGCAGACCCCGAAAACAAGAAGUGGCUCCUCUGAAGUGCCUCAAAAGGUGUCUCCACGUGCUGUGCGCCAACUCAGGCCUACUACUCUGGACACAGACUCUGUAUCUUCUUUAAGUCAGGCUACUAAAUCAUCAAAGGAAAGAAGUCCCAAAGUCACUGAGCGCAGAUCACCCAGAAGCCCAAUUAUUGAGAGGAAGCGCCCCAGCAAAAUAUCGGAAUUGGAAUCUCAAAUUUCUCAACUCCAAAAUGAUUUGAAGAAGGUAAAGGACCAGCUUAUUUUAUCUGAAUCAAGCAAGAAGCAAGCUCUGGAAGAUGCUAAGGUGUCCAAGGAACAACUAUUAGCCAUAUCUGCAAACUUGAAGAGUCACAGAAACAAGUUCUGGAUCUCUGUGCUGCUGGAGAAGCUCGUGUUGUUGAGCUCCAGAAAAAUAGAAGAACGUGACAUGGCAUGUCAAUCUGAGCUUGAGGCCUCCAAAAAGCAGCUCUCAGUUGACUCUGCUGCCUUGGCCUCUGCAAUGAAUGAAAUUCAGAUGCUCAAUGCCCAACUUGAAUUGGUAGCUAGUUGUGAGAAUGUGCAAUCUCAACAUGCAGAAUCAGCAGACAUUGAGCUACUAAACCUGAAGCAGUACUUGUCAGAAACACUCUCUCUUGUGGACAACAUGAAAAACCAAUUGAUGGAUUGCAAAGAAUCUGAAGCUCAGGCCCAAGCAUUGGUCAAUGAAACCAUGUUGCAACUUGAGGAUGCAAAAGGAACUGUUGAGCUCCUCAGGUCUGAUGUUGCAAAAGCUGUUGAUGGCUACAACUCUAUUGCUCUAGAGUUAGACCAAUCCAAAAUGCGGGUGAACUCACUAGAGGAACUUGUUGGCAAACUUGAGACACACCCCAUCAAUAAUAAAUCCGCCCCUUCUGAAAAGGAUGAUCAUAAUUUUGAGCACCAACCUGAAAUAUUGAAAGAGGGAGAGGAUACUAAUCAGCUAGAAGCAGAAGUUGCUUCAUUGAAGUCAGAGGUUAAAUACCUGAGAUCUGCUAUAGAGACUGCUGAGACUAAAUACCAAGAACAACAGAUUCAAAGCGCGGUGCAGAUCAGGCAUGCCUAUGAGUUAGUAGAGCAGAUAAAAUCAGAAUCAGGUCAGAGGGAGUGUGAGCUAGAGGCUGAGUUGAAAAGUAAGAAAGCUGAUAUUGAAGAGUUGAAGGCUAACCUAAUGGACAAAGAAACUGAGUUGCAAGGCAUUGUGGAGGAGAAUGAGAACUUGAUCCUAAAGCUUACAGAGAGCUUGUCAUCCCAAAAUGAGCAUGAACAUAAAAGGGAAAUUCAAAGAUUAGAAGACUGUGUGGUGGAAUUGAAGGCAGAUAUGAUGGACAAGGAAACAACCCUGCAAAGCAUAUCUGAAGAGAAUGAAAUGCUGAAGAUGGAAAUCAACAAGCUCUCAGGUGGUGGAAAAUUGAGUGAAGAAGUUGCAGCAGAAGUGGAAAGAGCUAAGGCUUCGGAACGCGAGGCGCACAUGAAACUCAGCAUUGUGAUGGAGGAGGCUGAUAAGAGCAACAAGAAGGCUGCAAGGGUGGCUGAGCAGCUAGAGGCGGCGCAAGCAGCGAACUCGGAAAUGGAAGCAGAACUGAGAAGAUUGAAGGUGCAGUCUGAUCAGUGGAGGAAGGCUGCAGAGGCUGCUGCUACUAUGCUUUCAGCAGGAAGCAAUGGGAAGAUCACAGAGAGAACCGUGUCUUUGGACAACAACAGCUACAAGUGCUCACCCUAUGCUGAAGACAUGGAUGAUGACUUGCAGAGAAAGAAGAAUAGCAACAUGCUGAAGAAGAUUGGGGUCUUGUGGAAGAAGCCUCAGAAAUAGUGGCACUCUGAUAUGUAUCAUGUGUUGUGAAAUUGUAGUCCAAUAACAAGUGUGUGUUCAUGUCAUGUUUAUUAUGUCUUUUGCAAUUUUGUCUGACCACAAAAAAACCUUCCUUCUGCACUGCGCUGUAAAUCCUGCCUCCAUCACAAACUGUUUGUGAACUGUACUUUAAGCAUUGCCGUUUACUUAUUCAAUGAAUUAAGCACUUGACAUAA